CGCGAAACAAAUUGUUGUCAGAUCAUACAAAAUGUUCAGUGCUAAAGUUGUUGUCUUUCUCGUAGCUGUAGCUUUAUGCUAUGGAGCACCAAAUGCCAGAUUUGGCAAACAUCAGCUAAAAAUUGAAAAUGCCGUUGAUGCUAAAAUCGAAGAUUAUCCAUUCGUAGCUUCCAUCCAAGUGUGUUUGGAGAACGGCUGCGAACACAUUUGCGGUGCUGUAAUCAUCAAUGAAAACUGGGUAUUGACCUCCGCUCGUUGUCUUGAAGAACGUUUUAUGGUUGCUGUUGGAUCUACAGACUUACACGGAAACGACACAGUUUUUGUUAUAGUUGAUUCAGUAAUCACUCAUCCUGACUUCCCAGAGGUAGGAUUCGGUCCAAAUGAUCUUGCUCUAAUUAAGUUAGCUACAUCACUAACCUUCAACGACAAAGUUCAAGCAGCAAAAUUGCCAACACAAGGCCAAGAAUUCACAGGUAAAACUGUUGUAACUGGUUACAGUUACACUAGAAACCAUUCUGUCAACACACUUAAAGCAGCCGCUGAUCUAGACCUCAUUUCUAAUGCAGAUUGCAAAAAGCGGGUAGAUGUAUUCUAUUCAUUUUAUUCAGACCUGUUUAAUAACGAAGCCAAUAUGUGCACCUUAGGCGAAAAUUCAAACCUCUGCUAUACUGACUUUGGUAGUCCUUUGUCUCAAGAUGGAACUGUCAUCGGUAUCGCCACGUGGUAUGUUUAUCCAUGCUUUACCAAAGGAGCUCCAAAUGUGUACACCAAUCUGUCCCAUUACGCCGACUGGAUCGCAAAAACCAUUGCCGCUAAUGAUUUUUUUUAAUUUUUGUAAAUCAAAAAUGUAAUUUUUAAUACCCAAACUACUGAAAACUUCGGUUUUAGCUGAUAAAUCACAAUUAGUAAUAUUCUUGACUUGAAAUUAUAGUCAUCCCCUCGCAUUAAUGAGUCAAUUUAUAUAUUUUUAAAUAAUAGUACUCGUAUAAUAAACAAUAUAAAAUAGUAUUAAAAUAA